CCCCCGCCCCUUUUAGUUUGUAUACGAUCAGCGUGUGUUUGCAGCAUGGCUUCCAUGGCUAAGAAACGUGCGGUAGAAAUGGUUACAAACGGCGAAAAGAGUGAUAACAGCUCAGACGAGAGCAUUGGGGACGAGGAGGACUCCGUGGAAGACAGCGAGGACUCAGACGAGGAGAUUAACGAGGAGGUCAUGGUGGAUUUUGAAGCUCACGCCAUCGCACAUACUGAUUUCAAUGGAAUCAAGAAACUUCUGCAACAGCUGUUCCUCAAGGCCCACGUAAACACAUCCGACCUGACCGACCUCAUCAUCCAACAGAACCAUAUCGGAAGUGUAGUUCGGCAAGCAGAGGUGCCUGAGGACAGCGAUGGAGAGGACAACCCUGAUGAAGUAUUUGGCUUCAUUAGUAUGCUGAACCUCACCGAGAGAAAGGGUGUGCAGUGCGUGGAAGAGGUGAAGGAUCUGAUCAUGGACCACUGUGAGAACAACAGCUCUGGGAGCGUCACAGAGCAGCUGGAGACGAUCUUCAGCGACACCAGCAAGUCGGUCGGGCUUCUUCUGAGCGAGCGGUUCAUCAACGUGCCGCCACAGAUCGCCCUGCCACUGCACAAACAGCUCCAGGAGGAGAUCGCGGAGGCCCAGCGGACCAACCAGCCCAGCGGGAAGUGUCACUACUGCCUCAUGAUCAGCAAGACCUGCAAGGAGGUGACCAAGAGCAUCCCGGCUCGGGGGGGUGCAGCGCCCAAGGAGGAGCUGCUGUUCAUCAACGCAGAGGAGGAGUUCUUCUAUGAGCACGCCACGGUGAAGUUCAACUACUCGGUGCAGGAUGAAACUGACUCGUGUCUGAGCGGCCGCUGGUCCUUCGACGACGUUCCCAUGAAGCCGUUCCGCACGGUGAUGCUGAUUCCGGCCGACAGCAUUCCCAGCAUCAUGGAGAAACUCAAGGAGUUUCUCACCGUCUGAAGCUCCCAAUAAACACCUGUGGACUUCUGA